CACACACACACACACACACACACACACACACACACACACACACACACACACACACACACACACACACACACACACACACACACACACACACACACACACACACACACACACACACACACAGCACAGCACGCAACACACAAAGAACCACUCAGAUAACCCACAUAUAAACACUCAUACAACACACAUACAACACAAACACACAUCGACCUGCAAACCACACACAACACUCGAAGUUUUGGCCAAAGACGUGUCAGGAUAUGUGUUUCAAGUUGAUAUGGGCUUAGCUCAGGACUUCUUACUCAACAUCAAUAAUAAUAUAUAAUAACAGUUAAUAAUAUUAACUUUUGUCAAUUGUUCUAAAGAUGAGAAGUAGGCCUCUAUAGUUAAAUUGUUUUUUUAGCGCUUCUCCAAAUACAUAAUCUUUAUAAAGUCUGACAUUUUUUACAGAAGCGAAUCGGUAUCAGGAUUGUUUAGAGCUCUGAUAUUUGAUAUCGACAUCAACACGCACAUCAACGCUAGCGCGCCCUUGCUCAGAGCGGGUUGACUGACAGGUGGCUGCGUGUGGGCGUGGCACGGAGACGCGCUACAGGCGGCACUUUUGUCCAAUCACAUCACGGGGAUCCUGGGGGAUGUUCGGAAGCAGCCAAUUGGGCUUCGCGCUGAUGAUCGGGCGCUCCCCCUCGUGCGGAGAGAGGAGCGCCGACCGACGGACUUCGUGAUCCAGUGGUCUCACGCGCCCCAUGAUCCAGUGGUCUUACGGACCCCCCUGAUCCAGUGGUCUCACGGACCCCAUGAAACAGUGGUAUUACGGACCUCAUGAUCCAGUGGUCUCACGGACCCCAUGAUCGGUGGUCUCACGGACCCGGGAGGAUCAGCCAGCAGGUCUCCAGCUUUUAUCGAUCCGUUUCUGUUCGCGAUGGCUGAAGCAGCACCAUGAGGGCCCCUGUUGCUGCACCAGCAGUGCCCUGGUAAUAAGUGAAGACUGUUGAAGAUCUUGCUGUGAGCCCAGCUUGCCCCCCCCCCCCCCCCCCCCCCCUCCUCCGCCUCAAGCCUCUGGUGUCCACGGUGGACGUGACACCGGAGCAGCAGACCCACCAUGGGGAACGGGCUCUCGUCGGACCGCCUCCUGCCCUGCCUGCCGUCCUUCCAGCCGCUUCACAUCGUCAUCCUGGGGCUCGACUGCGCCGGCAAGACCACCGUCCUGUACCGCCUGCGCUUCAACGAGUUCGUCAACACCGUGCCCACCAAGGGCUUCAACAGUGAGAAGAUCAAGCUCUCGCUGGGAGGCGGCGGCGGCGGCGGCGGCGGCGGCGGCGGCGGCGGCGAACGGCGACGCCACUGGACGACCCCGUCGGCGUCCUUCCACUUCUGGGACGUGGGCGGCCAGGAGAAGCUGCGGCCGCUGUGGCGCUCGUACACGCGCUGCGCCGACGGCCUGGUGUUCGUGGUGGACUCGGUGGACGGCGAGCGCAUGGAGGAGGCCAAGACGGAGCUGCACAAGAUCACGCGGCUGGCCGAGAACCAGGGCGUGCCCGUGCUGGUGGUGGCCAACAAGCAGGACCUGCGGGACGCCCUGGCCCUGGCCGAGAUGGAGCGGCUGCUGGCGCUGCGCGAGCUGGGGGCGGCCACGCCCUGGCACCUGCAGCCCGCCUGCGCCAUCAUCGGGGAGGGCCUGAGGGAGGGCGUGGACAAGCUGCACGCCAUGAUCGCCAAGCGGAGGAAGGCCCUCCGGCAGCAGAAGAAGAAGACCAGAUGAUGGCGGUGGUGGUGGUGGUGGUGGCGGUGGCGGCGGUGGUGGCGGUGGCGGCGGUGGCGGCGGUGGCGGCGGUGGCGUUUUACUUUGGGGUUCCUCGCGCUUUUCCGUGGCAGUUUGAUGGCACAAGGACCAGACACAGAUCUUGCUACGUU